UUCACGUUUGAGCUUUUCAUGGUUUGACUCAUUUUUUGCCCCCUUAAUUUGCUUUGAGCUGGUGGAGGCGAUCAGAGACAGAGGAGUGGAUAAAUCUUUAGGUUGAGGAACAAACAAAAAAUAAAUCUGACAGGAUGUGCUGUACUGGAAAGUGUGCCCGCCUGGUGGGCCUGAUACUGCUGCCAUCGGCCUUCAUCUGCAUGAUCUCCAACCUGCUGCUCUUCUUUCCCGAUGGACAGAAACUAAACACUGGCCAGAUCUCCCUGCAAGUCUGGCUAAUGGGGGGCCUCAUAGGGGGAGGCCUCUUUAUGCUGUGCCCGAGCUGCUCUGCUAUUAGAGCCGGAGGCAAAGGUUGCUGUGGAAAAGGCUGCUGUGGGAAUCGCUGCAGGAUGCUAAACUCAGUUUUUUCAUCUGUCCUCGGUCUCGUUGGGGCGGCCUACUGCACCGGUGUGGCCUUAGCUGCAUUGGUGGUUGGACCAAAGUGUUUGGUUAAUGACGAAUGGAAAUAUCCCUUUGAGGACACAGGCUUGACUAAUUCCAGCUACCUUGGGAAUCAGACCCUUUGGAAAAUCUGUGAAUACCCUAAAGAUAUUGUAUUGUGGCACAUUGUGCUGUUCUCCAUACUGCUGGGCAUGGGUGUGCUGCAGGUCUUGCUCUGUGCCAUCCAGGUGAUCAACGGCUGUGUGGGAUGCAUCUGCGGUGACUGUCGGGAGAGCCAUGAUAGUGACAGCGGACUAUGAAGGUGAGGAAGAAAAUCCUGCAGAAUCCUCCCAUCACCAAAACAAAUGCCUCUGAGAAGCAUAAAUCUGGGAAUGAAUUUCUUAAGAUUUUGUGCUGACAACCUUUGAUGUUUGCUUUUCCAUUUUAUUUCUUUCAUUCUGCAAAAAAGAACGAAGUCAAACUUUUACUCCAUUUAAAAAGUUAUUUUUUCUCAUGUGUAACACCUGAUUUGUU